AAGAAAGGAAGAGAGUAAAGAAGAAAGAAGAGUAAAAAGAAGAAAAAAUAGACAGUAAAGAAGAGAGAGAGAAAAAGAAAGCAAAGAAGAAAGAAAAAUAAAAUAGAGAAAGACACCAAAAAAAGAGGAUGUAUUGCAUCGGCACAUAAAUAUCGCAAAAACCAUUGUGCACACGAGUUCAAAUGAAAAAUUUCCAAAUGGACACAUUUUAUUGAAUGUCAUUUUUAGUCAUGGAAUAUGUAAAUAGAAAAAAAAUGUUCUCGACUUGAUUCAAAAUAUUUUUCUCCAAUACACAAAAUUCUUUUUCAUUUUUUUUUUUUUUUUUUCAAGGGAGAGAGAAAUUUGUCAUCAUCAAUAUAGAAGUGAAUUAUUUGUGAUUUUGUGAGAGAAACUCAAAAUGUAUUUCGGUGCUGCUAAUGGUGAUGUGAUUGAGAUUAAACUAAAAUUAUAACUUUUGUGGUAAUAUCGUUCUUGUGGAACUGCAGUUCGUGUCAGGAUAUUUGAUACAUUGUGUGUGUUGGGAGUUAUUGCUGAUCACUGGACUUUUUCAACUUGAAAUCAGGCACUGCAAUGGAAUUAUUGAAGACACAAUUUCAUCUGAAUAAUCACAAGGCCAUUACGGAACAGUGUUACAUACUUCUAUUUGUGAAUUAGUUCCGAUGCAAUUCACCGACAAUUGUAAGUCAGUGUUACCAGUUUGCAAUAUUGAAAAUCUUUUCAGAAAAUGUGAUGUUACGAUGAUGCGAAAUUUUCAACAGUCGAGAGGACAAUUGUGCUCUUCAAUUAGAUGGAGCAUCAGAUCACUGAUACUCAUCAUAUGUGUUCCUUCCCUCUUGACAAUAGUUGACAGUCAAUCAUCGGAAUGUCCUCCUUCCGAAACAAUUCCUGGAUGUCCUUGCUACAAUUUCGAGAAUGGACUCUUCCUCGAGUGCGCAGGAGCCACCGAGGAAACAAUUAGAUCCACCUUACAGAAAAUUGUAGCCAAUGCAGGGGACGAGGUGAUACUUCAAUCAUUAAGGGUCUAUGAGUUGGACAAAGCCAUUGAGAAAUUAAAAGAGGGUUCGUUUCCAUCUGGCUCACAAAUCAGGCACCUGGAGAUAUCUCAUUCCUCCCUGCGGGACGUGGGUGAAACCGCGUUUCUAAACUUGAAAGAUAGCCUCGAAUCUUUGGGAUUAGUCGCCGGCCGUCUCCCGCACGUGCCACAGAAAGCUUUAGCUAAUCUUCGUAAACUCGUUGCACUGGACCUCGAGGCGAACCUGAUCCAGGAUCUAUCCUCUUACUGCUUCUAUGGAUUGAAACUGAUAAAAUUGACACUCAAAGGCAAUCAGAUAUCGAAAAUCUCUGAAUACGCUUUCGAGGGCCUCGAGGAUAGUCUCAGUGAACUUGAUAUGGCCGAAAAUAAAUUGAAACUCUUUCCCAUAGCGCCAUUUAGAAAAUUAAAAAAUCUCGAUUCCCUCCGCUUGGCGUGGAAUGAAAUUUCCGAAUUUCCCAACGAUGGACAUUCAAUAUUGGAGUCGCUAUUGAUUUUGGAUUUGAGUAGUAAUGAUUUUGAAAAAUUACCGCAAGACUGCUUUCGCUCGUGUCCAUUGUUGCAGACACUGUCACUCUAUUAUAAUUCGAUCGAAACUGUGGACAAGGAUGCAUUCAUUUCCCUCAAUGAUUUGGAAUCAAUAGACUUGAGUCAUAACAAAAUUGUCUUCCUGGACGUUUCUUCGUUUAGAAACAACGCCCGUUUGAGGACAAUCGAAUUGAGUCACAAUCACAUUCACUACAUUGGUGGUGUUUUCGCAAAACUACCCGAACUCCACGAAUUAUAUUUAGCGGAAAAUAAUAUUCUCGAAAUACCCGGCGAGGCUUUUACUGGCAGCAUUGCAUUGGAGGUUGUCUACCUUCAGCAGAAUGCAAUUCGUCGAAUCGACGGCAGAGGCUUGUCGGGCCUAACCGAAUUGACUCAAUUACAUUUGAGCAACAACUACAUUGAGAAGGUCCCCAAGGAAUUUUUCUCCCAAUGUCAAAAUCUCUCCUCCCUAUUUCUCGAUGGGAAUAAAAUUCGCGAACUUCAAGCCGGUACAUUCACCAAAUUACAUCAACUACGCGAACUACGCAUUCAAGAGAAUCAAAUAACGGAAAUAAAAAGAGGCGUCUUCUCCUCAUUGCCAGCACUUCUCGAGCUACAUCUCCAAAAGAAUGCAAUUCGCCGAAUAGAAGACGGUGCAUUCAAUUCACUCAAGAAUCUUCAACACGUGAAUCUCCAAGGUAAUCAACUCUCACUCCUAGGCGAUGUGUUCCAAUUCAAAAAAUCCGAAUCAACCGGUCUCAGUUCCCUCCUCUCAAUUCAACUCGACAGCAAUGGUCUCGAAACACUGCACAACGAUUCACUGAAGGGUCAAGGAUCUGUACAAAUAAUGUGGUUGGGUCACAAUAAAUUGACCCAUUUACAAGCGCCCGUAUUUCGUGAUCUUCUCCUCGUUGAACGUUUAUAUCUCACCAAUAAUUCAAUAUCAACUAUCGAGGACGCAGCCUUUCAACCCAUGCGUGCCCUCAAAGUACUCGAGCUCAGCAUCAACAAACUAUCCCGCAUCACCGGUAAAAUGUUCUCCGAACUCCACGAACUCGAGGAACUUUACCUCCAGGACAAUGGUCUCAAGAAAAUCGACUCCUACGCACUCACAAAUCUCAAGAAACUAAAAAUCCUCGACCUCGCCAAUAAUCAAAUAACAGUUCUCGAAGACGAAAUUUUCCAGUCCCAUUUACCGAUUAAAACCCUAAAUCUCCGCAACUCAUCAAUAAUGACAAUCGAGAGUCGCGCAUUUCGCGAUCUCUCCAAUCUCAAUGAACUCCGCCUCGAGGAUAAUCUCCUCACAGCCUCAGCUCUACUACGCCUCCAAAUACCAAAACUACAAAUACUCGCCGCUUCCGGCAACAAUUUCAGCCAAAUUCAAGACAACAGUCUCAAUGGUCUCUCAUCAUUACAAGAUCUCUUCUUCGACAACGCCCAAAUAACCCAAAUGCCCGAGACAAUCUUCAUUUUAAAUCGAAAUCUCGCCCGACUGCAUUUGACACGAAAUCUAUUGCGUACACUACCACCGCAAAUUUUCAAAGGACUUCAAUCACUACGCGAAAUACGUCUCGACGAAAAUCGAUUUACAUCAAUACCAACCUCGGCCCUCUCCGAUGCAGUUAAUCUCGAAAUACUCACACUAUCCCACAAUCAAAUAAUAACCGUAGACCUAUCAAGUUUCACUCGUCUACAAUACCUCCGUGAAUUAGAUCUAAGUCACAAUAAAAUUGAAACAAUGUCCGGCUUUGCAAUGGUCAAUUUAUCACGCCUACUAUCCGUUGAUCUCAGCAAUAAUAAUAUGAACGCCCUGCCAGCAAAUUUUUUCUCCCAAUCAAAUUUAUUGAGACGCGUUGAUUUAUCGGAAAAUAAAUUUCGCCGUAUACCAGCUGUUGCAUUAUCGGGACAAAAUUUACCGAGUCUCGGCUGGUUGAAUUUAACGAGAAAUCCAUUAAAUCGCAUUCAUGAUUUACCAUUGGAGGCGUCUUAUCCACUAUUACAGGAGAUUCACAUAUCGUGCACUAAUUUAAGUAUCGUUACAUCGCAGGACUUUGAAUCAUUUCCAGCAUUGAUUCAUUUGUAUUUAAAGCAAAAUAGUAUAUUGCGUGUGUCGCCGGGGGCAUUUAAAAAUCUUACGAAUCUAUUGACAUUACAUUUGGGUAUGAAUAGUUUGGAGAAUUUGCCCAAGGAACGUCUACAGGGUAUGGAGCAUUUACGUAUUUUAAAUUUAACGCACAAUCGACUUAAGGAAGUUGAGGAAUUUCCAUCUGAUUUGAAAUCACUACAAAUUCUCGAUCUCUCGUAUAAUCAAAUUAGUAAUGUUGAAAAAAUCACGUUCAAGAAUUUAAUCAGCCUUUUGGAGUUGCACCUCUAUGGGAAUUGGAUCAGUGCGAUAUCCAGUGAGGCGUUCAGGCCUUUGAAGAAACUUCGUCUACUCGAUCUCAGUAGGAAUUAUCUUGAAAAUCUACCACUGAACGCCUUUCGACCUUUAGAAACACAGAUUCGCAGUCUUCGAGCUGAAGAAAAUCCUCUGAACUGCGGCUGUGAAUCUCAAGAGCUUUGGGAAUGGUUGCGCGAUCAUCAAAAAAUGGUGGGUGGAGUGGGCCGGAGUCAUAGUGGAAGAAACGGUGUGGGAGUGACUAAUAUGGAAGGAGGACAUUUAAGAUGCGAGCAACCCCCAGAACUUCGUGGACUUGUGUUUCUCGACCUUGAUCCAAAUGCAUUUUGCUCGUCGCCACUUGUUCUCAAACUUGCCAUUCAGGACAUUCAACCCUUUUCGGUACUUGUCUCUUGGCAAAGUCGAAAUCAUUCUGGCCUUCAUGGAUAUCAAGUCGCUUAUCAUGCACUCGAUAAUGUUGACGAGGUGAGAGGGAAGUUACUGGACCCGAAGGCACGUUCAGUGAGGCUGACGAAGCUGGCUUCGGACACGCGUUAUCUGAUCUGUGUUCUCGGUCUUGGCAGUUGGGGAACACCAAUCCCCGAGGACAUUAAUUCCUGGCAAUGGAACGCCUCUCAAGACGACGUGAUCGAGAGUCCAGCAAUGCCAGUGAUGGUCACAUCACCCAUGAGUCGUUGUACCGAAGUAAGGACCCUUGAGUCACCUAAUUCAAUAGUGGGUGAGGGCUCCCUCGGCGAUAGGGGCGGUCUAGCAAACAUCCUCACCCGGAGGCUUGGCUUAAUUGUCGGCAGUUGCAUGGGUUUUCUCGUCUUUGUCCUCCUAAUAACAAUUCUCGGCUAUUUAAAAAUGAAAAAACAACGUGCCACCGCAAAACGUGAACAACCAUUACAACAAAAUCCCCCCGAAUACAUGACCUAUAGACAUUUUUCCCUUCAAGGUGAUCGUGAUCGUGUCAUUGAUAAUAAUGCGUGUCCAAGUUUUAUCAGUAAUAUUGGCGCGACACCAUUAAAUUCGUAGCAUAAGGCCCCCCACGAAAUGACUAAUUGUCCUAAUAAAAAAAAAUUGAUUAAGGACGAGCAGGAAAUUAUUGAAAUGAAAAAUAUUGAGAUGUUCACUUGACUGUAAUUAUCUCACUCUCUCUCACACUCUCAUGUAGCAAUAAACAAAGACUGACACACACACAAACACACACACAACAGCAGUUGCGCAAAAUCAUUUGAAAUCGAUGAUCUCAUGAUUGGCUUUUGGCAUCUUUCAAUUAAUCUGAUUUAUAUAUCUGAUUAUAUAUAGCAAUAUGCCUCACAGCCUCAGAGAGAAAUGAGGAUAUGGUCCAGUGCCAAGUGAUAAGCUCCCCCUAUAUAUUACAAACUCAAAGUAGGCGUCUAGCUCACAGGAGAGGAUUGAAAUAUAAUGUAUAUUGGAAUUGAAUAAAAAAGUAAAAGAUAAACCUGUAAAUUGUAAAUUGAACAACAUCAAAAAAAGGAUAAAAAAUAAUGCGUACAUGUAAAAUUGUAUAAUUUCAAAAUAUAACCGAAAGGUCACGUAAAAGUUGGAAAAUCAUACAAUUGAAAUACUCGAAAAUAACUUGAAAAAAAAAUUCAGGGCUGCCACAGUUCAGGGAAAUCAGGGAAUACAGGGAAAAGUCAGAGAAAGUAAAAUUGAUCAGGGAAAAGGCUGGAAAUUUAAUAAAAAUUAAUGGAAAAAUAUUCAAUUUCUAGAAUAUUUUGAAAGCAACUUUUGAAUUUUGUUGUCGAACGCAA